AUGUACAACAUUGGCUCCGUAGCCGCCGUUUUCUGUACCGGACCCGUAAAUGACUACUUCGGUAGAAGAGUGGGAAUGUUCACCGGGGCUUUGAUCAUCAUUAUCGGCACCUGCGUUCAAGCUACCAGCUCUGGACGUGGACAAUUCCUCGGCGGUCGUUUCGUUCUUGGUUUUGGAGUCAGUUUCUGCUGCGUGUCUGCUCCAUGCUACGUCAGCGAAAUGGCGCACCCCAGCUGGCGCGGCACCAUUACUGGACUGUACAACUGUACAUGGUACAUCGGAUCGAUCAUUGCCAGCUGGGUGGUAUAUGGCUGCAGUUAUAUCGACUCGAACACCGCAUGGCGCAUUCCCAUCUGGUGCCAAAUGAUCACUUCAGGCAUUGUUGUUCUUGGCGUCUGGUUCUUGCCUGAAUCUCCAAGAUGGCUCAUGGCACAAGACAAGGUUGAUCAAGCGGCCAAGGUGCUGGCGACGUAUCACGGCGAGGGUGAUGAGAACCACCCAAUGGUGCAGUUGCAACUCAAGGAGAUGAUGACUCAAAUUCACACCGAGGCCAGCGACAAGAAGUGGUGGGACUACCACGAGCUCUGGAACACUCACAGCGCUCGACGCCGACUCAUCUGUGUUCUUGGUAUGGCUUGCUUUGGCCAGAUCAGCGGUAAUUCCUUGUCAUCCUACUACCUGCCUGCUAUGCUUAAGAAUGCGGGCAUCACCGACGAGCACAAGGUAUUGGCACUCAACGGCAUCAACCCAGUCCUGUGCUUCUUCGGUGCCAUUCUCGGUGCCCGCAUGACUGAUGUCAUUGGCCGUCGUCCCCUACUGAUCUACUCGAUCAUCUUCUGCUCUUGCUGCUUUGCCAUCAUCACCGGAACUAGCAAGCUCUCACUCGAUGAUCCAAGCAACAAAUCGGCCGCCAACACGACUGUCGCCUUCAUCUUCAUCUUUGGCAUAGUCUUUUCGUUUGGCUGGACUCCAUUGCAGUCGAUGUACAUUGCCGAGACACUGCCAACUACUACACGAGCCAAGGGCACUGCCAUCGGCAACUUCGCUAGCAGUGCUGCCAGCACUGUCAUCCAGUACAGCUCAGGGCCGGCGUUCAAGAACAUCUCUUACUACUUCUACCUGGUCUUCCUAUUCUGGGACUUGUUUGAGGCUGUCUUCAUCUAUUUCUUCUUCCCUGAGACGAAGGAUCGUACUCUCGAGGAGUUAGCUGAGGUGUUUGAAGCCCCGAACCCGGUGAAGAAGAGCUUAGAAAAGAGGACCGCCCAAACUGUCAUGAAUACUCUCAAUGUAACUCAUGAUGCGAAGGAGGUCCUUGCUUAA